UCAUGGAUAUUGAUAUUCAAGAACCCCGUGGCACGAAGCGUGCGGCGGAGGACACAGAGGCGAUCAACAAACCCAAGCGGAUCAAAGCUCUCGAUCCAGAUGUGGUCAACAAAAUCGCAGCUGGGGAGAUCAUUGUGGCUCCAAUGCAUGCCCUGAAGGAGCUGAUUGAGAACGCUGUUGAUGCUGGAUCCACUUCCCUUGAAAUCCUCGUCAAAGAAGGUGGUUUGAAGCUGCUCCAAAUCACAGACAAUGGACAUGGCAUAGAUCGAGAUGAUCUGCCUAUACUGUGUGAAAGGUUCACAACAUCCAAAUUGAAACAAUUCGAAGAUCUCACCUCUAUCGGCACUUACGGGUUCCGAGGUGAGGCCUUAGCCAGUAUCAGUCACAUUGCCCAUCUCACGGUUACUACCAAAACUGCUGGGUCAAGCUGUGCGUGGAGAGCUCACUAUAGUGACGGAAAGCUUGUCCCUGCUAAACCGGGACAAAACGCUGCCCCAAAAGCCACAGCCGGACGUGGGGGCACUCAGAUAACUGUCGAGGAUUUGUUCUAUAAUGUUCCGACCAGACGCCGGGCUUUUCGGUCAGCGAGUGAGGAGUACGCGAAAAUUCUAGACGUCGUUGGUCGAUAUGCGGUUCACUGUGCCGGUGUCGCUUUCUCCUGUCGCAAGCACGGCGAUGCCGGUGUCAGCAUUUCGACACCUUCUGCUGCAAACACAAUUGACCGAAUCCGUCAAAUACAUGGGAGUGCGGUAGCAAACGAGCUUAUCGAAUUCAAAGUAGAGGAUAAUAAGCUAGCAUUCUCAUCGAGCGGAUAUGCCACGAACGCCAACUACCAUGUCAAGCGAACAACAAUCCUCCUGUUCAUCAAUCAUCGCGCAGUUGAGUCUACCGCCGUAAAGCGAGCAGUUGAACAGACUUAUGCAGGAUUUCUUCCCAAGGGAGGCCAUCCUUUUGUCUACAUUGACCUGGAGAUCGACCCGCAGCGGGUGGAUGUGAAUGUACAUCCGACCAAACGGGAAGUGAAUUUCCUCAACGAAGACGAGAUCAUUGAAUCUAUUUGCAGCGAGAUCAGGUCAAAGCUUGCACAGGUUGACUCUAGUCGAACCUUCCUGACACAAAGCCUUCUACCAGGAGUGACGUCGAUUGACUCUUCAACCACUCGAGACACAGCAGAAGGGGGGGAUUACACCCCGAAGACACCUGCAACGUCAAAGAAGCCAUACGAGCACAACCUAGUCCGCACAGAUUCCAAAGUCCGCAAAAUCACAUCGAUGCUACCACCCGCAAUGGAUCAAAGCACAGAGGCACAACCCACCUCUUCCACCACCCCGAACGAGGGAUUACAGUACGAGACAUCAGGCCGCGAACCGCUCCGCAUCGCCCUCACAUCCGUCAAAAACCUGCGCGCAGAAGUACGCAACUCCAUGCACAACGGACUCACAGAAUCAAUCGCAUCACACACAUACGUAGGACUAGUCGACGAACAACGCCGGAUAGCAGCCAUUCAAGCCGGCGUAAAGCUCUACCUCAUCGACUACGGCAUGUUCUGCAACGAGUUCUUCUACCAAAUCGGCCUAACAGAUUUCGGCAAUUUCGGAACCAUCAAGCUCGACCCACCACCCAAACUCAUCGACUUGCUCCAAAUCGGCGCGGAAGCCGAGCGCGAGAUCCAACGAGCCCCUACCCCCGGCACCAGAGCGCAGCAGCAACAGCAGCAGCAGGAAGCCGACGAAAUCUUCACCAGCGCAGCCGAAACAGUCGCCACAGCCCUCAUCGCCAAACGCGAGAUGCUCAACGAGUAUUUCUCUCUCCAGAUAUCCCCAGACGGCGACCUCAUCUCAAUCCCUCUCCUCCUCAAAGGCUACGUUCCCGCACUAGCCAAACUCCCCCGGUUUCUCCUCCGCCUGGGCCCGUACGUCGACUGGACCAGCGAACAAACAUGCUUCCAUACCUUCCUCCGCGAGCUAGCCGCCUUCUACACACCGGAACAACUACCCCAUUGUCCACCGGUAGAGGCCGCUGACGCCCCCGAAGAGAUUGAGAAUGGGGAGGACGAAUCCACUACACAUCGCCGGGCACAGCUGGCUCGGAUGCUGGAGCACACGCUCUUCCCUGCAAUGCGGGCUCGUCUCGUCGCCACGGCGCGUCUGGUGCGAGGUGUGGUUGAGGUAGCGGACCUAAAGGGUCUUUAUCGGGUUUUUGAGCGGUGCUAAUUCACAGUGGGCUUCAAGCGUGCGUGAUCGGUGGGUCGGUUUCAAUCUCUCAACACUAGUAUAUACAGGCCCUAUGAUAAAGCG